GUGUCAAACAAAAGUUAAUAUUAUAUUACCCAACAAUGUUUGAGGAUUCGCUGCUCAUUAUCAAAUCAGAUUAUAUGCACAAGCGGCGUCCUGUGCUCUUGAAGCUGCUUGCCGCUGGGUUUCAGAUUCAAGGUAGUCGCAGGCUGAACUUUUCACCAGAGUUGGCAGCCGAGUUCUAUGCCGACUAUGUGGAUGAGAAGGGUUUCAUGCUGGAGGUUAUUCUGUUGUCCAAGGGCAUCUCGGAGGCAUUUAUACUGACCAAAGAGAAUGGAGUGCAAGAUCUGCUCAACACCAUGAUAUGCUACUUUGGCUCAGCCUCGGAGCUGGAGCGUAACAUCCAUGUAACCAAGCAUAGCGAAAGCGUGGCUCGCGAGAUCACAUUUAUUUUCCCAAAUUAUAUUCACGAGCCUAUUCAAAUGUUUGAUCAAAGUCUUUUCUGCAAUCGUCCCAUGAUAAAACCAUUAAUUUCGGAGAUUUACGACCUCUUGCAGAAUGUUGACUGCAGUCCCGAGGAUUGGAAGCGUCGCAUUUCGGAUUAUUUGGUGCGCAGCAAUCCUUCGUUGCCGCAGAUCAGCAAUCAGUGUCAAGUUGCGCCUGACAUGGGCAUGCAGGAGAAAUCCCAGCAGACAACGAUGACGUACAAAACCAUUGGAAAGGAAGCCAAGCCCAAGGAGAAGUCGAAGAGCAGCAGCUCUUUGCUGUCCAGCAGCGAACCGCAUUCGUCGGUGCUGUUGACUACAUCCACCUGUGUGACUUGCGGUGGCUUUGAACGCACAGAGCCGUGCAUAUCGGAACUGGAUUUGAACAAACGCGUGGAGCCGCAAAGCGAUGAACCGAUAUGCGUGGACGAGGAGAUUAUAUGGAAGGAGAUUGUUGUCUAUGAGGAGGUGCAGCCCGAAGAGGAGUCGGAGCAUAAGAGCGAAGUGGCUAUUCCGGAUGAGGAGGGCGGACGUGCAGGCGAUGAUGAUGCCUCAGAUUCAGAGUGUGAUGAAAGACCCACUGCUGCUGCUCCAGUAGCAGUUGUUGAAACGGAUUCGGCAUCAGAGGAGGCGCCACCUGCAGUGGCUGCCACUCCUGUGGUAUCAGCAGUUGAGUCAACAACAAAAGCAGCGCCAGUGGCGGAGGAAGCUGCUCCAGCAGCAACACCAUCUGCAGAAGAGCCCCCUCCAGCUGCUGCAGAACCAGCUCCAGCUGCUGAAGAGCAACCAGCUCCAGUUGCCGAAGAGCCACCGUCUCCAGUAGCCGAAGAGGAACCCGCUCCGCCUGCCGAAGAACCUGAUAAAUAGAGAUAGUAGAUAAACAAAGCGCAACAGUCAGCAGAAGAAGGUGGCGGAUUAAUUUGGCACCUGUUGCCCUGUUUAUGCUUUGCAAAAUAUUUUUGUUUUCGUUGGCCAUCUAAAAAAAAUUGCUGGUGUACACAAAAAAACACAAAAAAAGGAAACGAAAGGACGAAGGAAGAACGUCAAA